CAGAUGAUUAAGCAGUAAAGACAUGGUACCAUUUUUUGGCAGCUACAAUUGGGUUUUUAUUGGGUGUUCUGAUAUGGGUUUGCUCCGUUUGUCUUUGUUCGUAUGUGAAAUUUUGUAUUGUAUUUGGGUUUCUGAUGACAAAACGGGAAAAGGGGAACAGAAUCUAGUCCUUAGUCGAUAUUGUUAAUUUAUUCUUUUCCACCAAAUAAAGUCGGAAUGGAUUGAUCGUUAUGAGCUAGUUCUGUUAAUUGAUUUGUUUGUAAUGUUUACUUGCAGAUUGGCCUAUGAAGAUAUGAAUUUUUCGUUUGUUUGAAUUUUUUUGUUUGGUUUUUGUCUUGAUUGUUAUUUGAUGGUUGAUGUUUUUAUGCAAUAUAUGUGGGUUUCUUGGUUUUCUGUCGAAUAAGUUGGUUAUAGGAUGAUUUUGGAGAAGCCAAUUUUAUUUGCUUUGGUUAAGGAGUAAAUUGGUGGGAACCUUUUUCCGUUUAUAAUCAAGAGCUUUUGAUGCCAUAUUUUGCGGAAAGUUUGUCCUUUGACCAUCCUUUUUUUUUUUCAAUUUUUUUUUUCUUUUCGUUUUUAUUCCUGUCCUUUACUGGUUUCGUCAUUCUAUUGAACAGUAUUUGUGGUAUGCUGAUUCUUAUAUGACUUGCUUUUGUAUUUGAGUGUCUAUAAUCAUAUGAUCAUUAAUCAUAAUGGUGGUAUUCUGUAAUAAGCCACUUUUGUUUGUGUAUUAUGUGAUAUUUGACUGCAACUCUCUUUUUCCAGAAACUGCAUGUAUCUAUUUGUAUGAGGAAAUUGAAGGUUGCUGUAUGAUUUCCAUAUCCGUGUUUUCUACAGGAAUUUCUUGUGUUUAAGCUCUUCAAUUAGUUUGGAGGAGCUCUUGCGUUUUGUAUGUAAGUAUUGUUAGUUGCUGUGUCGUUUUAAUCUGUGCCUGUUGCUAUAGUAAGGACAGAUCUCCAGUGAGACUUUAUGGUACCUGAACUCUGGCUUACCUUAAUGGAAGAUGGAUUGCCUUGUUGUUUACGUACCUCAUUUACAUGCUGUGCCCUACUAUCUGAUCCUAGUGAUGUGGAAUGGCCUUCCCUCCCCAUAGUUAUUAGGCAGUAAAACCACAGCUAGGAUGCAGUUUAUGAGUUGAGUUUUGCUGCUCCUUUAUGGUAAUUUGAUUGUUAUUAAUGUAGGAAAAGAAUUUAGCUAAUUAAUGAUAAUUAUCAUUUCAUGUCUGAUUGGGUUCUUUAUCUAGAACUUUCCUCUAGGUGCAUAUGAAUACCGAAGAAUGUUUUGUGACCUACAAUAAAUCAUUGACUGAGCUGAUUUCUUGGGCAAAAAUACUAUGUGGAUUUUUCCCUCCACUGGCAUUUCUGCCUGUCUUUUUUGUUUCAAUGUUGCUUCCCUCUUGAAGAUGAGUCACGCUUAUUAUUCUGUUUUCCCUUCUAUUGAAUAUGACUUCUCGUGUUUAUUAUAACAGGAAUUUCUGAGUGUACGUAAUUACUCCCAGUUUGUUAUAUGAGAUGCUUGCUUCCUGAAUUUAAUCUGGAAUCUACUUGUAUAGUACAUUAGUUCUUGUUACUCGAUAAUUUGAAGCUUAACUUUGCUGGAAUUAAUUGCUGCUAUAUUUUUCAUUGGUAAACCACGAUUAAUUGUUUUAAUACUUGUCUAAAUGCUGUUCAACUACAACUUUUUUUUUUUUUUUGGAAAAUAAUCUCUUUUCGCUUGUAAGGGAGAGCUGGUUUUAUGUUGAUUUAGAUGUCAAACCUAUAUGAAGGUCUUGACUGCUUCAAUAUGUUAUUGCUCAUACAGGAAUAAGGGUAGAUAGUAAAGUAAGAUGGAUGAGUUUUCUGGUAAGAGACACAGAGUUGGGGUGGUUGUCCCCAGAAAAGGAUCUAGACUUGUUUCCAGGGAUACCAUUGAUAAAAGAGAUCAAAAUGCUGAAUUUUGCAAUCGUCUUGGAUGCAAUGGAAGACUUAAAUAUGGAAAGAGUAAUCAAAGUGAUUGUGCUGACAAAUCCAAAAAUAUAAGGCCUUCCUGUCAUUCUUCAAAUGGCAAGCAGACUACUAGGAGCUCCCCAGAGACUUGUUUUCCAAUUAAUAAUGGAAGAAAAUCACGACGUGAUUCUGAUUCUUUUAGGAAAUCUUUGUCUAACUUAGACAAUGAUUCUGCAGAAUCUUGUGGUGUUCGGUGUGAGCCAGAUGUUACAGAACACAUCCCUUUAGUAAAUAGGAAUAACACGGUACUGCAGCCUGAUUUACAAGAUUCAAGUGCUGGUAAAGUCACACUGACAGAAGUAGGGAGUUCAAGCACAGGAUCAAGUAAGAAAUCUCAUAUAGUAUUUCGUCACAAGCCUCCGUCUGGCUGUCAAAAUCCUCUUCCUGGUCCCUCUGUUACAUCUGUUAUUUCUACAUCAAAUAGCAUGGCUUCAGGGUCUAGGAACUACAAUGGGAGUCGGUAUGGUUUAAGAAAUUUAAGAUGCAACUCAAUAUCUGAUGUUAUCCCACGAGGUGGUUCAGCCUCAGAAUCUAAGGUUAAGAGGGAUGUUUUAAGAAAAAGAAGUCCUGAAGCACAAAGUAGUACAUCUUCUUCAGGAAGAAGAGGUAGCAUGGCUCGUUCUGAAGAUGGACAUGUCUCCGCCUUCAAUACAGGAAUCUCUGUCACUGGCUCAAGACAUGGUAGAAGCUGGGUUUCAAAUAGUGAUUCUCACACUGCACCUCUGAGGACUCGGAAGGCAUUGAACUCAAAUACUAGGAUUGGGCUUUCAAAUCUUGACAACAGAAAUGCUUUAUUAACCAGUGAAUCCAGUAGCGGUAUUGCACAAUUAUCUAGACCUGAAACUCCUAAUAGUGCUAAUUUACAUAGUUUAUCUUAUCAAUCUUCCAUGGAAGGUUCUUCAAAUGCUUCAAGCUCCUGUAGACUAUCUGCGAGAACUGGUAUAAUGUCCUUGACGCCCACAGAACAUGGUAUUACUCAUGCUUUGUGGCGACGUAACCUGAAUGGAGUUGCUGAGGUACUACUAGCUCUUGAGAGAAUUGGACAAGAUGAAGAGUAUGAGGAAUUACUUGCUUUGGAGAACGAUUUAUUUCUUGGCCACCUUAACUUCUACGACCAGCACAGAGAUAUGAGAUUAGACAUUGAUAACAUGUCGUAUGAGGAAUUACUUGCUUUAGAGGAGAGGAUGGGUACUGUGAGCACAGCACUCUCAGAAGAGGCAUUUGCUAAAUGCAUCACGAAAAGCAUAUACCAGACUGCUACGGCAGAUGUUGGGGCUGCUGGAUGUAGUGAGGAUGAAGCUGAUAUUAGAUGCAGUAUUUGCCAGGAAGAGUAUGUAGCUGGUGAUGAAAUUGGGAAGCUGGGAUGUGAACAUGGUUAUCACUUGGUAUGUAUACACCAGUGGUUACGGUUGAAGAAUUGGUGUCCCAUUUGCAAGGCUUCAGCUGCACCAUCCCAGUCUUCUUUGUCGUCCUAAGCUCAACUGCCAAGCUAUACAAGGACACUAAAUAACAUACCCAUGUACAAAUUACAGAGUCUGGUCAUGCUUUUGCACCGCCUUCCUCUUCUCAUUUUUUCCCUUCUGACGUAAAUAGUUUCUUAGCUACAUUCAGUUUAGUAAGCAAUAACUGAUUUCUAAGUGGAAAUUUAGGUGGCAGGGUAAAAGAUAGGAUAGGAGAGUUAAGAUGUUGAUACUCCUUGGAAAAUUGUUUACAUCUAAAAUAAUGUAACAUUUGUGUCUUUCUAAAACUCUAUAAAGUAAACAUGAUUUCUAUUCCAUUGAACAAA